AUGGUGGGUGUUGUGAAGUCGGCGAUCGGAGAUAUGGUGAUGACCUUCUCUUGGGUUGUCCUCUCCGCGACCUUCGGUUUACAGACGGGGGCAAUUGUCUCCGCCGGCGGAUUUCAGGGAAUCACUUGGGCGCCGUUGGCGAUUACGACGUUUCUGAUUUUCGUCUACGUUUCGAUCUUCACCGUCAUCUUCGGUGGAGCUAGCUUCAAUCCUACCGGAAGCGCUGCCUUCUACGCCGCCGGUAUCCCCGGAGAUACCCUUCUCUCGUUGGCGAUCAGAUUACCUGCUCAGGCAGCUGGUGCUGCAGGAGGUGCAUUGGCCAUCAUGGAGUACGCGCCAGAGAAGUACAAGCAUAUGUUCUCUGGGCCUUCCCUUCAGGUUGAUGUACACACCGGAGCUAUCGCAGAAGCGAUCUUAAGUUUUGGUAUUACCUUUGCGGUUUUGGUUAUUAUCCUCAAGGGUCCACGAAGAUUACUAGCAAAGACGUUCUUGCUCUCUCUUGCAACCAUCACAUUCGUCGUUGCUGGUUCUAAAUACACCGGACCAGCCAUGAAUCCCGCCAUUGCGUUUGGGUGGGCAUACUUGAACAGCGCUCACAACACAUGGGACCAUUUCUACGUCUACUGGAUCAGUUCUUUUGUAGGAGCUUUAUCUGCUGCAUUGCUCUUCCGUACCAUCUUCCCGCCACCUCGACCCCAGAAGAAGAAACAGAAGAAAGCUUGA